AAUGUUGUGGACAUCUACUGGUUGCUUUAUCUAAGCAUUCGGACAACCUGUAAUAGUGAUUUUUGGAAUACAAUUCUAAAGGUAACUAGGAUGCUCCUUUGAUUCUUUCAUCAAAUAUUCUGUCAUUCACAUUUUUAUAUUUUUCCAGUUGUCAUGUGUGUUUUUAAAAAAACUCAGCCACUUGUUGUGUGGCAGAUUCUUUUACGAUGCCCUAAUUCGUAUCAAUUUGUUUUCUGAUGUUGCAGGCUUCUGUUUAGUUUAACUUCCAUGGUACUUCUCUAUACGUUGUCUUGUUCAAUUCAAAAAGAAGUAGGAUCCAUCAAUUUCGGGUACUUUCUUCUGAUAUUUAUCUUAUAUUUUUGUGAGCUAGGAUCAAGGUGUUGUGUGCAAUGGCAACCAAUGCAGGCAUGUCGAGUCAUGUGCCACAGCUACAGGCCAAUUAUGGUACACAUGAUUGCAUGCAUUAUCCAUGCUGUGCACAUCACCUUAUUGAGAUCAAUCUCGAGGUCAUAUUUGUUACCCAGAUUUAUCUCUUUAGUUUCACACUUUCCUCUGCUAGUUGUAUCCAAGAAUUGUCAUAUCAUGGCAUAUGGGCAUGCUGAUACCUUUUUGGCAUGGUAUGAUGUCAAUAUCCUUUUAGCACAAUGACAGCAACACCUUUCUGGCGUAGCUCAGUACUGAUCUUUGCUGGUUGUAUAUGUAUGCUUAUAUAUCAGCCAACUUUUGCCAAAAAAUUUGCUUAGCCUUGUGUCAGCACUCAGUUGUAAUUCAACAUAGACAUGCUAAUAUCCUUUUGGCACAACAUGUGCUGACUCAUGCCAACAAACACAAUCCUUACUUGCAUCAUGCCUUUUAUAUUGGUUUGAUUAUGCCUUUAGAAAACUUGGCAUGCUCAGAUUCAUGGUUAGUGUUUCUUUGUGUUGGUUUCAUUGUGCCCUCGAAGCUUGUUCAGACCAGAAACGUCAAUUGGUAUUGUCUCUUGAAUGAUGGGAUACCACAUAGCGUAGCAGUAAGCACUUUGUUAGGUACUGAUGUCAUGUCUGUUUAUCUUAUUGCAUUCACGCAAUGUUUCUUAACUUGCUUAAACAUGAUGCUUUUUUCAUUUCAUUUGUAAAACUUAACACUAAGAUUGGGUCUUGUAACACGUUGGCUUGUGUCAAGUUGGACCCAUGAAGUCUGAACAUGAAAUUAUUCUAACAGGAUUGAAGUUGUGGAAUCCACCAUAGAAAAGGAGAAAACAUUAUACUUAAUUUAUAAAUAAUCCAGAAUGUCAGUUUAGUAUUCUUCCUAUUCAUGAAGACUUAUUCUCUUGUUAUGGGCUAAAGAUUGCAAACUCUACAAGGAGAACAAUAACAAUAUAUUUCAAAGUCCAUUAAAAAAAGGAACAUGAUAACAAGCAAAAUAUAUUUUUCCACAAAAAAUUUUCUCGACCAAUGAGCUUUAUGUAAGCUUAUGGUACAAAAUAACUCAAAAGGCAUCAUUUUUUUUUGUACCACUUCUAACCCACUCUUUUUAGGCUUCCUCUACCUUGGCGUUAGUCUUCUAAAUUGAAUUAGUUAGCUUUGCUGAGCAUUUUUUGCUUUCUUUUGGCGCGUCCAGGCUAUAUUUUACAAUCUUCACUUUUUUAAAAAUGAAUGUUACUUUUAUCUGUAAUUCGAUAUCCACGUUGACAGCUUAUUUUUGUUACACUAUCUUUCCAUAUAUGUUUCCGGUUGCCCAACACUUUGUUCAAUAAAACAUAAUUGAUCUUGUUUCUGUCUUUUGAAUAAUUUCUUCCAAUUUGUGAAGCAAUAGUUAACAGCAUGGUGACAUCACACUUCCGAUGUACCAUUUAAUUUUAACUACCGGAUUUAAUUCAGCAGUAUCUUCUUUGAUCUCAAUAUGUUGUUGAUUGACAAGAAGAUGCAAGAUUUCUGUUGAAAAAUUGAAUUUAUCUACCUUGAUUGCACCAUCUUUUCCUAUGAUCAUGGUGCCAGUUGUUUUAAUAUAUUUGGUCUUGGUCUGAUUUAUUGUAAAGUGUUCUAAAGUUUGUCUCCUUGUAUCUUUAAUAAGAUUUUUAUCUCUUAUAUAAUCUCAGCCUCUCAAUAACAAACAAUGUUGUCUUAAAAUAAGAUAUACCUUGAAACUUGAGUUUGAGUAUAUAUACUGAAUCCAUCUGUUACGAACACAUAGGGCUAACGAUUAUUAUAACUUAAAAUUGGCUUAUAGUUGACGUAUGUUUGACGAAUGCUAAUUAUUUAUAUUGAGAUGAGUACACUAUCUAAUGCAUCUACUUUAAGCUUAGAUUUGGUCAAAUAUGUCCGGUGUGAUGCCGAACAAACAGAAAACAUAUGAUUGCAUAAAUGGCUAAGUUUGCACCUACUGGCAGUUAAGAACAACAUAAGUACACAUUGCAAACAAAUUGAGGACAUGAUGUUCCUGAGGAGCACCUUGUAAAGUUGAGUUUACAGAACAACCCAUACGGGUCAACUUUAAUAUACACAAACCAGACCUCUCUUUUUAAUUGCCCCUUCUAUCAUCCUCUCUUCUCUCCUUAUUACCAUCCUCUCUUGUUUUUUUUUCUCUUUUAUUGUCAUCCUCUAUUCUUUAGCUUUCACCCUUCAUUUGUCUCUCUCAUUACUUCAAUUUCUCUCACUUUUGCUGUUGUACUUUCUGAUGCCACUCCCUUUCUAUCAUUCUUUUUUCUUCUCUUAUCACCUAACUUCACGCUGUUGCUGACAGCCUGACCUGCCUUUUAGUGUCCAGCUUAUUGGAGUUGAUAUUUCUAUCUUUUAAUAACCAGAUUAAUCAAAUUCAUUCUAUAACAAAGAGGCACUUCACAACUAUAUUUUUGUUAUAAAAUAAAUAUUUUAUUAUUUUUUAUACAAACAUAUUUUAUUGCUAGAUCCACUGGUCCAACCAGUGAACUGGUGACCUGAGGUUAGGUUGGUCUGAUGUCCAGUGGAGGUUUGGUAAUUAUGGUUAGAAUUAUCUCAAUGAGCCAGUUAUGAGGCUGAAUGUGCCUAUUAUAAAUUAUUGAUUAACAUUAUUGAUAUUUAUGCAGAUAUAACAACAUGGUGUUAAUUUAGUGGCGGGAGACUAAACUAUCCCAAAACCCUCCCUUCUAGCCCCAGGCAAGGGCUGUUUGUUUGUUUUUCUUUUAUGUUUGGAUGUAUGGCCAUUCAUAUAUACAGUCACUAUUUUAGAUGGAGUUUAGAGUCAUACCUUAGGUUGUAUACUUAUUUUUGAAUUAUGUUUUUGUUAUAGAUACCAAUGGGAGAGUUUAUAAAUGGUUCAUGUUAAGAGAAUUUUAUUGGUGUCUUUAUAUGAUCCAAAGUUAUCUUAUUUUACAAUGUAUAUGGAAUACUGUAAGCCCUUAAGGGCUACAUCUUGGUAUUGAUUAUUUUAUUGUUGCAAUUUUAUGAUAGUUUAAUAACUGAACUCUCUGUUUUUCUUAUACAUUUGGGCGACCAAUUCUACUUUUCAUCUAAGUGUACCUUAAUAGCAGGGACAUAUCCUUUAAACUGAUAUCAAAGCAGGUAGGUGUUUUACAAUAAUCCUCUGCAAUGCCUACACCGUUAUUCCAUGACUUUAUGAAGAUCUAUGUGAGAACCCUAUCAUAUUUUAUUUUAUAUCUGAUGCUGCUAAAUGCCCUACAAUCUGUAUGUGAUUUUAGGUUCCCCCCAUAUUAGAAGGAAGAAAUCUCGAUAAUGUAUUGAAAAAUACAGUGCCUUAUAAUAGCAGUUAACAACUUAAUCAACAUUUCACUUGCAGAUCUUCAGCAGAUGGCUUGUCCCAUUUAUUGAUUAUGUUUAUUCUUAUUGACCAAUAAUAAUUCCGCUGGAUAACAUUGAGAAUUGUGACUGACUUGGUUGUAUCAUAUGCAACAACAAAUAUCAUUAGGUCCAUCUCAUGGAAUGGGACCUGCUAUCCUUAGAAGGGAGCCUUGGUUUCACUGUGGUUUUCCUGUAAGCAACACAUGAUAAAAUUCAAACCUUGCUGGUGGGUUUCAGUUAAGAACUAAUGCCAUUGUGUCUGGAUGCUUGUUUUCUGGUGGUCAGAUUUCAGUUUUUUGAACUCUAUUACUCACAUAGAAUAUUUUUCUCCCUUGUGGAUCUGGAAGGGGCUUCCACUUAUUAGGUAAAUUGUGUUAAGAAGUGUCCAAUGAAGAUAAUGAUUUUGCCUUUUUUUGUCUCAAGCUUGUAAAUGAUAGGUAGUAGUGGUAUAAUUUCUUCUACAAUGGCAGCAUAUGGGAGGUUUGAAUAAAUUGUUCAAGGUUACUGCCCCAGGGCCACAGCAGAACAUGACCUAAUCUGGCAGCAAGAAUGAUGCUCUUUCCAUUCUACAAAAUCAUGUGCUUUUGGAUGUGGAGACUAUCCUUUCAAGGGUCAAGGAUUUUGCAAUUAUAAGCGGUACUUAGUUGCUGAACAUGCAAAAGCUGGUUCGGAACUGCAACCAUUUCGUUUUUCAUGGGUUACCUCUGUGAGGCUUCUGAUUAUUAUUUUAUUUCAUUGGUUCUUGGCAAUUUUAGUCUGGCUGACGAGCACCACCUAAUGCUGGGAAGGACAACUAUUUACUCAACAGAGUGAAGCUGAGGACUAGAUGAAUUGAUCUGGAGUAGACUCUGCAGGAACCCGGCAUAGAUCUCCCCUAAUGCUGGGAAGGACAAAAGUUAUUUGUGAAGCAUUCUUGGAUGUCUCAAGUUAAGGUUAUAUAAAUGGGCGGAGUACGUUGUAAAGUUGCAACUCUUGCACCGGUGGCUUGACUGGUGAGACCAGUUCAUGGGGCAUUCAAAUGCAAGGAAUCGGAAAAGCUUCUACAGGUGCGGCCAAGCUUUUUAUGCAUAGAGGUGUCGAUAGAAUGAUGCUUGCUAAUCAAUAUCCUUUUAGGUUUGGUCUGAUUUGACUAAUCGAUUGAUCCUAUAUAAUGUGAGAUACGAUGAUCUGAUCGGCCAGUUAGCCACAUAUGGUUAUGUGCUCAGUAUAUCUUUUUCUUAUCUGUCAAUUGUACUAUAUCAAAAAUUACUCGUAGUGAGUGAUAAGAUUCUUCAAGAAAGCCUUAUCAAUUGUACAAUAUCUAACUUUGCUCGUGGUGAUGAGGUUGCUUUAAGAAAGCUUGUUGAGGACGGACAAGGUGAAGUUAGAUCAUUCAACUUGUUGGUGAAGGUGACAUCACAAUCAUGGUCGAGAUCACAGUAUGAAGUUUGAUGCCAAUAAGAUCUCCCAAGGAGUGAGAGCUGCCACAAAUAGGCACUAUCUCUUGCAAAUGGAAAAAAGGUGUGUUUCGUGGGAAGGUAUAUCUGACCAUGCUCCAAUGAAUGACACAUGAAAAGGUAAAAGAAAACGAAGGCCCCACAUAAAAGAGUGCAUGACAAGGUAGGAAUUGAUGCAGCUCUCUCUAGGGUAAUUGCUGACCUAUCCCCUCCAAAAAAAUCAAAAGAAGCAUCAUCAGCUGGUGGUGCUGGUUUUGGUUUAUUUUCAGAUCACUGCAGUAUCUUUGCUCAUCAUCAAAUGGUUGUUGUUGCUGAAGCAAACAUAGGGACCAAAGUAUGACUUGAUUGUUUUCAUAACCCUUUCUUUUUCUUUUUUAGGGGAAUUAUGCAAUGUAUCCCGUAUCUUAUGGACCAAACUCUAAAGAACUGGUACUCGAUUUGUUGAUCGACUGCAUGUUUCCUGGUUAUUUCCUGUCAAAUGAGGAGCAGCAGCCAAUCAUUCUCAAUUGGAGAACCCGACGAAGCAAUGUAUAAAGCUGCUGCAACAUCUCCGAAGCUUCCACGCCCUCAUCCUCAUGUCCAGGUUUUUGGCUUCUGCUCUCUCGAUUCGUUUGGUUUAUAUCGUCUAGCUAGCUUCGCUGCAGCUACAGCUGCAGCAUCAUCUCUGAAUCCCUUGUCAGUACAUCUCAUGAAGAUCGACAGCAUCCAAAGGUAUGCGCACUUUUGUUGCUAUUGUUUUCUGCCAUCUUCCCAUUUCCAUCAUGGUUGCUCCGUCCUCCUGUCUUUGGGAUAAAGACAACAUGUUCGAUGGAAUGUAUCUACGACCAAGAAAUCAUUCACUUGGUCACAUGAUGUUGAUUAAGCAACAUCGGAUGGUCUUCAUCGUCAAAGUUCAAACUCAAUACAUAAAUAGGAUUCUCAAGUAUCUUUUAAUUGGAUUCGAUACAGAGUUGGGAUCCCAUUGGAUGAGAUCUUGUCUUUCGGGUAGGGUGGCAUUGAUGGGUUCCUUUCGAAGGUGCUACCCACAGCCUGCUCCACCCAAGAAGCAAAAAUGUUAGUGGAGUAUGAAGGGAAUUGAAUGUGGUCGAGUUCGAUGCAGUCGUGUCACCUGCGAAGAGAUCAACCCAAUUAUCUUAAGUUCUUCUAAUGAAUCGAUCUUACAUCUCUGACGGCGCCACAUGACGGCAGCGCCCCCUGGUCGACACGUGGUUUGUGCCUCUGGAGGCCGAGCCACGCCGCGACGCGUCGCGUCGUCAGAGCCGUACGUUACGGGCACCGGUCCAUCAACCGUCCAUCCCACGCCGUGUAACGCGGCAUGGGUUUGGUCCUCCAACAAAAACGCCAUUAAUUGUCCGCGAAGGGACGCGUGGCGGCAUCGCAGGAGCUCCUCUCAUCAUCAUCCUGAUCAUCACGACCAUUAAAGCUUGUUAAACAGAGAGAGCGACUCGAAGGUGGGGGAAGGAGGUCGGGCGGCAAUGGCAUCGGCAGCGGCCGCGGAGGACGAGAAGAACAGGUGGUUUAGUUAGUUAGUUAAUGAAGGAGGAAGGUGGGCAUAAUUAUAGCGUGCGGCGGAAGGAAAGGGUUGUUGGGCCCACCCGCCCACGUGCGUAUGUUGUGAGCGGGAGGGAAGAGGGUCGGAGGCGCCGGAAGGUGGUUAGUUGGCCCGGUCGGGUUAGGAUUUGGCGAGUAGGUCGAGGAGUCCCGAGCCCGACGCACAAGCCCUUUUGAUGGCUCCUCUCCCUCUCUCUGGGGACAAGACAUCUUGGGACCGAGUUCCGAUAUAUGGUAACGAGGCAUCCCAUGGAACAGAGGAUACUGAGAGAGGGGAACGGGCCGGCGACUUCUUUGCCUCUGAUUCCUUACGAGUCGAUCCAGGGAGGAGGAAGGAUGGAGGAGUUAGCGGCGUCUUUGGACGAGUAUGACAAGUUGGUCAUCCGAAUGAACACCCCCAGAGUGGUGGUGGACAAUGCCGUGUGCCCCACAGCGACGCUGGUGAAGGUGGACAGCGCUCGGGAGCACGGCAUCCUGUUGGAGGCCGUGCGCGUCCUCGCCGACCUCGACCUAGCCGUCCGCAAGGCCUACAUCUCCUCCGACGGCCGCUGGUUCAUGAACGUCUUCCACGUCACCGACCGCUGUGGCCGCAAGCUCGCCGACCGAUCCCUUACCUCCCACCUCGAGCGCUCCCUGUGCGCCUCCCGCCCCGGUGACGACACACAGCCCCCCGCUCUCCUUACGGAGCCUGCCGGCCUCGAAGUCCACGGCCUCACGACUUUCGAACUCGCCGGCGCCGACCGGCCGGGCCUCCUCUCCGAGGUCUUCGCCGUGCUCCGCGACGUCGAGUGCGACGUGGUGGCGGCCAAGGUGUGGACCCACAACGGCCGCGUCGCGUCCCUCAUCACCGUCAGGGAGGGCCGCCCCGGCUCGCCCACCGACGCCGACGCCACGCUCCGCGCCCGUCGCGUCGAGGCGCGACUCGGGAACGUCCUCAGGGGCGACCACGCCGUCCGCGGCGCGAGGAACGCCACCGCGGUGGCGUCGUCGUCCGCCUCGGCGGCCCAUUCCGACCGCCGGAUGCACCAGCUGAUGUUCGCCGACCGCGACUACGAGCAGACCACCCCCGGCGUCUCUACGCCGCCGCGGUCGGUGGUCUCGGUGCAGAACUGGGUGAACCGCGGGUACUCCAUCGUCAACGUCGAGUGCCGCGACCAGCCGAAGCUCCUUUUCGACGUGAUAUGCACGUUGACGGACAUGGAGUACGUCGUCUUCCACGGCAUCAUCGACACCGACGGCGACAGGGCUCGCCAGGAGUUCUACAUAAGGCAUUUGGACGGAACUCCGAUCAGUUCGGAAGCGGAGCGACAGCGAGUGAUCCAGUGCUUGCAAGCCGCCAUUGAUCGCAGAGCAUGCGAAGGAGCGAUGCUGGAGUUGUGCACAGCGGAUCGAAGAGGCCUGCUCGCGGACGUGACGCAGACGUUCCGCGAGCACGGGCUAUCCGUGACGAGAGCGGAGGUGACCACCAAGGCCGGAAUUGCCAUGGACGUGUUCUACGUGGCCGACACGGCCGGCCACGCCGUCGACCAGAGGACGGUCGACGCUAUCACGGAACGUGUCGGCGUGGAGAGCCUAAAAUUGAAUGAGGAGCGACGGCCGUGGUGCCACCAGAAGUGGCCCACCACCGAGGAGGACAGAGUAGCCAAUGGUGGUGGUGGUGGGGUUGGCUUGUUCUACCUUGGGAGCAUAGUGAAGAGGAACCUCUACAACCUGGGCCUCAUCAGAUCCUGCUCUUUGCAGGGAGCCCAUAGCACGUAGGGGGUUUGCAUGUGUUCUCGCCGCGUAGUAUGUCUGAUCUGGACAUGAGUCUGCACAUAAAAGAAAUGGGGGCAUCGGAGAAGGAAAGGACAUCAGAUUGCUGCUCCACAGUGGAGAUCAUAGGUCCCCACAUCAACCGCACCCCCCUCUCAUUGAAUUGCCAUUGUCGUGGAUAGGGGAUAGCUGAGAAUGUAGAAGAGAAGAAAGAGUAGAAUGGUUGGUAGAAACAGCCCCACAAAGAAAAAGAGAGAAAAGGUUGGGGGCUUUUAGGGUGUUGGUAGGGUUUGAAUUGGGGCUUGUGAUGGCUAUUUGACAGGUAGGUGGUGGUGGUGGUGGUGGAAACUUCAGCUGCCAGCUAUUGUGGAAGAAAGGGUGUGACUAUUUAUAUGUAUAGUCAUUGUACACAAGAAAACAACUUGAUGUUAGCACUAAUGUUGGGGGGUGUUUCAACCUGUUUGCUCUCUACUUAGCUUUCUUACUCGAAGAGGAUCUCACCUGCACCUUCUGGGUUUCCCCCCACCAAGAUCCACCUGCUACUCCAUUAAAGUAUGUUUUGGGAGCUCAUCUCACCAACUUAGUUCAAUGGAACAACUCACCAGUGGCGAGAAUGACAGGCUCUGCAGUCCAGUCAUAAGUCAUGAGAACGUGCCUCAUAGUUCAAAUGUGGAGCUUCUCGGGGGACCAUAAACGAUGUGACUUCAAUACUAUCCAUCGCAAGAACAAACAGGAAGACAAUUAUCUUACUAUUUUGCAGAUACUUUCCAUUACACAAACGAUGUAAUUAAUGACGAUUACCUAAAAGCAAAAAUUAGGUCUAACAAACUGUAAUGAGAAACUAUGAUACCCACGACUGUAAUCUUCUCAGCGCGAUUGCAGACUAUUAAUUAGCCUUUGGCCCUGGUUCAUCAACUAUAGCCAACCUUGUGGAUUGACAAAGAUAGUGUUGUGAUUCUUGAUGUUGCGACUCGAAAAGCGCACGGUUUAGUUCGAUCGUGAUAGUAUAAGGUCAUUUAUCU